AUGCUUGCUACCGAAUACAACGCAACAGAGAUACAAUAUUUCAAGCUAAUCGUUGAGCAAAUAAUGCUCGCCGAUAACGAAGUGUUUUCCAUUCCUGCGACAGCUGCUCUACGGGAGGUAUCACAAUUACAGGGUAAAGGCAUCACAAAAGCAGAAGCGAGCAUGGCCUUACUUGAGUUACAAACAUACCUCCGUGACGCCUACCCAGAUGAAUACACCGAAUGCACUACGUGCUUGGAACCAGUGACAAAGGGAAUUGCUUGCCACACCAAUAAUUGUGGCGCCCGCUUGCACAUCCACUGCUACGCGGUAGUAGUUCGUGCUGCGCGCGACAGAGGCGUUCAGUGUCCAACGUGCGGAAGUAGUUGGGAAGAUGAAAGUGUCCGAAAAAUCGGGGAGGAAGCGGUUAAAGGUAAUCAAACGCAUCGGCGGGCAGCUAGAGGUAAUGAAGAAGAGCCCGAAGAGGAGGAUCUCGAGGAAGAAAUGGAAGACGCAAUGCAGGGAGCUGAAUCGGAGGAUGACAUGGCUGUUGAUGAGUCCACUCAAAAUUCCUCAGUAAAGAACAAGAAAGGAAAAGGGCGGGCUCUGGCUACCCAACAGAGCGAGGCGGGACCAUCACAGGCGAAGCGCAGCUCGCGUCGCAACUAA